CGGGGCCAGCGGCGCGAUGGCGUCAGACGCACGGGGCGGAAGGGGACACGUCGGCGUUGCUGCUGCCGGGGACCCGGAUGUUCCAAGAUGGCGGCCGCGGGGACAGGAACGGCCGGAGCGAGAGGGUCUGUUUCGAGGGGAAAGGGAGGCGUCGCCGCCGCCGCCGCUGGCCGGAGCUGAGGAAGGGGGGUCCCUCCGGGGACGGAGCAGCGUGUUCGAAGACAGUCCUGUCCGUGUGCUGUGUUUGUGAGAGUCCUACACGAGAGCCGGCGAGACGCGGGCGAUGCAGCCUCCACCGCAAGCCGUCCCUCCUGGGGCAGGGGGCCCCCCUCCGUUAGCAGCCUCACGGAAUAUGUACUGGCGCAGCAGCCCUUUGAGCAGGCGGGCGAAUCCUCCAGCGGGCGCCAAUCCGGGGCCGGUACGACCUGUGACAGACCCUUUUGCCUUUGGCGUGCAGCCGCCGCGAGGCUCCCCUUCAGGCAACGCAGCCAAAGGAGACCCGCUGGUCAUGCCAGGUUUCCCCCCGGCAGCCUUUCCUCCACCCGCCGCGGGCCAGCCGCCUCCACCUCUCUCUGGGGACAACCCUCAUGGACUGAACUCUCCUUGGCCUCCUCUGAGCUCUCAGCCUGGAGCCAGCAGCGCGUUUUCAAGGACGGCCGCAUCAUUUCCCGCCCACGUGGCAGACAGGGCGGAGGCACGUCCCGGAGCAGAGCAGGGCCUCGGCCACCCUGCGGGACCGUUUGACUCUUCGGGCGCACGCGAGAAUUCGGUUCGCGGACACCAGGGUUCGGCUUCUCCGCCCGAGAGACCCCCGAGCGAGCAGAACGUCGGUUGGAGCCCCACCCACCCUAGUUCGGCCCCGUCGGCGUUGUCUUUCCACCCUGCUGUGCCCCAGUGGAUGGGGCCCCACGGGAGCCUGCCCCCCCAGGGCCAUUCAUACUUGCCCUACCCAGAGCCGCCACCUCAGAACGCCGCUUACACUGUUCCUCCGACGACCGUUGGGAUUCCCCAGGCCGGUCCUCCUCUGGAUCCUUAUCCGAAUCCCGCGCAGCGUCCUGCGGCUGCCCAGGGCGCUGCAGAGGCGCCGUCGGGGGUCAGCGAUGCCCCCAGCGUGUCGUCCGCCCAGGGGGCCCCUUGGCAGAACCCCGGAGGUUCCAGUCCUUGGCUGGGUCAGCUUCCUCAGGAACACUUCUAUUUACAGCCCUUGGAAACGACCCCGACCCCCCUCCAUCCCUCCUCUCAGGACAGCGCUCCUCCAGGCCAGCCUCGAGGCCGCUUGGAAGCCGCUGGCGAGCCUUGCCCGGCCGACGCCGCUCCGGGGACCGUAUCGAUGUUUUUCAAAGGGGAGGAGGCAGAGAACGAAGAGAUCCUUUCGUCAGAGAGAAGAAAUCAGGAUGGCAAAGCGGAUUUUGAGGCUUCCCAGCCGACGAUGGGGCACACCUAUUACCAGCCGCUGCACAGCAGUCACCAGAUCCCGGCGGCUGCUUUUGCGUCCGCGCAGCCUUACGCCGCGCCAGCGACGGAGGCCCUGCAGAAGGAAGGCGAGGCCCCGCCUUCCUUCCGAACGGCGAACGUCCAGCCCGGCGACCCCACCGCCUUCUCCAGAGAAGGAAAAGCCGAAGCCGUUGGCCCUGGAGCCCCGCCGUACGAGAACGUGGAAAACCAGGAGUACGUUCAGAACCAGGAGGUUCUGCCGAGCGAGCCCCCGGCCCAGAGCCACCCCUCCCCGGGGGCCGCAUCCGAUUCGAGCCGGUACGCCUUGCUGUUGGGACCCUCCCUUCCAAAGAGCAGCCUGGGGAGGAGCAACAUGGAAGGAGGCCCGAAUCUAGAAGCCCCCGACGCCUUGCUCCUGCAGCCCGUCCGUCCCGACAGUGUCUCUUCCAGCUACAGCAACGUGAGCCACCGAAGCCUCUCCUGCGCCAGCCGACCCCAGGAGCCGCGCACGUUCAUCCAGCAAGAAAGCGGGAAGCCCGAGGAGAAGGAGGAGGAGGGCUCCUCCUCCUCCACCCCCUUCUUUCAGCAGAUCGACUCCUCGCCUUUAGGGGGGGACGCCGGGGAGCAGAACCCCAGCCGGAGUUACCGUGGCCUCCUCUCCCAGGCCCCCACCCCCAGCCCCCCCAAACCCAUGGGGGUCUUUCAGACCAGCGCCAACAGUUCGUUCGAGCCGGUGCGGUCCCAGGGGUCGGGCCCCAAACCCCUCGAGACGGACCAGGCUAAGAUGGUGGCCGAACUGAGGGAGAAUCCCCCAAGCCAAAGGAGUAGCAAGAAGAGCCCCGCCGUGCCCGUGGCGUCCCCAGGGAAUCUGGAACAGCCCCCGGACAACUUGGAAACUCUUCUCCCCUUCCAAGCUCAGCCUCUGAUGGCCGCCGGUAACCCCGGUGGGGUGCCACCGCCCAUCAGCAGCUCCGGCGCCACGGACAGCGUGCAGUCGUCCUCCGAGAGGAGACCCUCGGCCCGGGUCCAGGGAGCGGUGAAGAAAUGCGAAAGCCCGGCCACGACCCUCUGGGCUCACAACGAGCUGCCCAAUUUUGGCGGCAACGUCCUGCUCGCCCCGGCCGCCCCGGCCGUGUACGUCCCGGCCAAGCCGGUGGUCCAGGUGGUCCAGCCUCCGGAGAGCGGGCCGCCCGGAGAGCAGCGCUUCCCGCCGCGCUCCGUCCUGGCCCCUCAGGCCGGCCACGUCGCUUCGGAAAACCUGGAGAACCCCCCCAAAAUGGGGGACGAGGAGGCCCUUCGCUCCCAGGCGAGUUCGGGUUACGCCAGCCUCCUCUCCUCCCCGCCGACCGAGGCCCUGCAGAACCCGCCGGUCGUGCUGGCCCAGCCGAACCAGAGUGGCGGCUUGAACCAGCUGGUGAAUUUCUCUCUCGGGCAUCAGCUGAGCAAGAACGAAAACAGCCCUUUAGCGAAAGACCCCGCAGGGAGCAAAAGGCCCCUGCCGAGCGGACUGAGUAGCAGCCAUGCUUCGGGGGAAAGCGGGAUCUUCCUGACGGGGCCGCCAGGAUCCGUGCUUCACGCCUCGGCUGGCUUGUCAGAUUCUAACUCUUUGCAGGAGCCUCUCGGCGCUCCUGAAAUUGCCAUGCAUUCGCCUGCCGGUUUGCUCAUCAGGCAGCCCACCUCUCACCUCCCGCUCAACCUGGCUGCAGAAAAGCAGACCUCUGUUCCUUCAGAAGCAGGACUGCCUCCUGAAUUUGGGAGCAAGCCCGGGACGGGUAUGGGCGCCCCUGGUAACCCGAGGGUGGCGCUGGGGCCUGGAGGGCCGGCCGGAGUGGCUAAUAACAGCCACCCCAGUCGCUCUAAGAACAGUCUGACCAGCCAAGAGUUUUCCCAACCGGUGGAUUAUACGGUCGCCAAGAGUGUGGAGCAGAGCGGCGCGGAGAGCGGGUCUCAGGGCCACAAUCCGUUGCUGGCUAGUAGCCAGUCCAUGCCUCAGCCACCUGGCCUGAUCGGCCAAGCGGAGCCAGACGCUCAUCAGAAGCGUUUCUACCAACAGGUCACGAAAGACGCGCAGCCGCCAGCGCCGUCCAACAGGGCCCUCCCUCUGCAGAGGAAGCCGACGCCGGCCGCGUCAGCCUCCCAGGGGGCGGACCCUCCCUUGAACCCCCAGGUGCCUCCUGGGGGCAGCUCAGCCCCAGCACUGGGACACAGACCUGGCCCCGCCGGCCCCCCAGAAGGGAGCUCAGUGCUGCCCCCGGCAAAUCCUGCUCGGGCUCCCCCUGAUCCUCAGCAGGGUUCAUUGGGCCAGCCUCCGCCUGCUUCCACUCCGUCCGGUCUGCCUUCCACCUCGGUAGCGGGCGGCCCGAGUCAUCCGCCGCAGCCCCCUUCGCAGCCGGAUCAGCAGCAGCCCCCACCUCCCCAGACCCCCCAGAACGCCUUCGCAGGGCCACCGAACCCGUAUUACUACUACAGGCACCCUUACGACGCCUAUCCCGCUGGCUAUCCUCCACCCUAUCCUCCAGUGGAUCCUCGAACGGCCCAUCUUUAUUACCAGGAGGACGUGUACAACCGUUACGACCCUUCCUACCGGCCGUACGGCAGCACCGCAGCCUACGGGGACCCUGGCAGUUACCAGUACGUGGAACCCGAGCGCCCCAGUUCCAGAGCCAGCCACACCUCCGACCGACCCCCAUCCAGACCGGGGUAUCCUGAGGAUUAUUAUAACGCCAAAAGCGGAUGGAGCGACUACUAUGCUGAUUAUUAUGCCACUGCCUACGAUUACGGAGACCGCUAUCCGUCAGCGUAUGAUCCCCGGUAUCGGGACCUCAGAGCGUACGACCAGCACUACUGGUAUGACACGGAGCAGCGUUCGUACCCAAAGAGGGAGGCGUAUCCCUACGGAAACAGCCAUGACCGGUACGAAGAUCACUGGCGAUACGACCCUCGCUUUGCGGGCAGCUUUGACGAAGACCUGGAGCCUCGCCGGGACCCUUAUGGGGAUGAGUUUGACCGGCGCAGCGUCCACAGCGAGCACUCAGGCCACAGCCUCCACAGCUCCCGGAGCGUCCACAGCCGGCAGAGCAGCUUCAGCUCCCGGUCUCAGCAGAGCCAGUUGUAUAGAAGCAAUCAUGACCUGACAGCUCCCACCUACGACGGCGAACACCCAGCCGCCUCGCUCCACGCAGAGUAUUACCCUCACUAUAUGAACCCACCAUCGUUGGCUGAUUAUAACCAUUCGGCCCAAACAGCUUGGUCCACUAUGGAACAAGUCCCCUCCAGGCCGCUGACCCCGGAGAAGUUCUCGGUGCCCCACAUCUGUGCAAGGUUUGGUCCUGGGGGCUACCUGGUCAAGGCGCUUCCCAACCUCCCCUCGGAGGGACAGCCGGCUUUGGUUGAGAUCCAUAGCAUGGAGAUGAUCAUGCAGCAUUCGCUGGAGCAGGAGGAGAUGAGAGCCUUCCCCGGCCCUCUUACCAAAGACGACACCCACAAAGUGGAUGUCAUCAAUUUUGCCCAGAAGAGAGCCACGCGGUGCUUUCAGGACGAAACUCUGCUCGACAAGGAUUCUGCUCGGCUCCUGUGGGACUUUGUGGUUCUACUCUGCCGGCAAAAUGGGACUGUGGUCGGGACGGAUCUGGCCGAGCUCCUGCUCCGAGAUCAUAAAACGGUCUGGCUCCCCGGGAAGUCGCCCAACGAAGCCAAUUUGAUCGAUUUCACCAACGAGGCUCUGGAGCAGGCGGAGGAAGAAUCUGGAGAAGCUCAGCUGUCUUUCCUGACCGACAGCCUCAUCACCACCAUUGACAGCCUCGAGAGGGAGACGGAGCGGUUCCGGGAGCUUCUGCUCUACGGCCGCAAGAAGGAUGCUCUGGAGUCGGCCAUGAAGCACGGCCUCUGGGGCCAUGCCUUGUUGCUGGCCAGUAAGAUGGACAACCGGACUCACGCCAGAGUCAUGACCAGAUUUGCCAACAGCCUCCCAAUCAACGAUCCCUUGCAGACGGUUUACCAGCUGAUGUCGGGGAGAAUGCCAGCAGCUUCCACGUGCUGCGGAGACGAGAAGUGGGGCGACUGGCGACCCCACCUCGCGAUGGUCUUGUCCAACUUGACGAACAACAUGGAUGUGGAGUCGAGGACGAUCGUCACCAUGGGCGACACGCUUGCUUCAAAAGGUCUCCUGGAUGCUGCUCACUUCUGCUACUUGAUGGCUCAGGUUGGGUUCGGCGUGUACACAAAGAAAACCGCCAAAUUGGUGCUGAUUGGUUCCAACCACAGCUUGCCCUUUUUGAAGUUUGCCACCAACGAAGCCAUUCGGAGGACCGAAGCCUACGAAUACGCACAGUCGCUGGGGACUCAGCCAUGCUGUCUGCCCAAUUUCCAGGUUUUCAAGUUCAUCUAUGCCUGUCGACUCGCCGAGAUGGGGCUCGCAGCCCAGGCGUUUCAUUACUGUGAAGUGAUUUCCAAAGCCAUCCUCAAAAAUCCCUAUUAUUAUUCCCCCGUGCUAAUCGGCCAGGUGAUCCAGGUUUCCGCUCAGUUACGGCUCUUUGACCCUCAGAUAAAAGAGAAACCAGAGCAGGAAUUAUUUAUUGAGCCUGACUGGUUAGUACAGCUUCGACACUUAGAUGGACAGAUCCAGGAGGGGUCUCUGGCUUACGCACCAGGGAGGUCUACGCCCCAGCAGUACGCCUGCAGCACGCCGAGCUCGGAGCUGGACCGUGUGAGCCAAAGUGAGGGAAUGGGAAGCGGCCAGGAGGCGACCGCGGGCUCCGAGAACCCUCUCCUGGCCUCUUUGCUGCCUGGCGUGACCCAUGCCAUGCAGGGGGUCCGCCUGAUGCCUUCAGCUCCUCCAAUCAUCCUGGACGGUUCCUCGUCGGCAGCGGCUGCCUCUUCCCAACCAGAGGCCUCGUCCAACGCCGUUCCUUUCUACCCGGCGGCGCCUGCUGGCGUAGGACCGGUCCCCGGCUUCCCAGGCCCCGUCUACCCUGGGGGGUCAGUCCCACCGGUGGGCCCGCCACCCCCUCUGGCCUUCGGCGACCUUCAGCCCCAGGAGUCAGGGGUCAGCCAGGAAGCAGCACAAGGGGCCCCUCCAGAGUCUCACGUUUGGAGGCCCGAGCCCAGAGAGGAGGACUUCUACGCCAAGAUGGCAAGCAUGGGUUCGGGCCGACGAUCCAGAUCUACCUCCCAGUCUUCAGCCCACAUGGGCUUCGGCCAGCGGUCGCGAACCACCUCGGAGUCCUCGGUGCACUCCGUGGGACGCGAGAGGCAGAACUCGGCCGCCAAGCAGCCUUCUCCGCCUCCGCCCUCCAUUCCGGAAGGGAAGGAAUCCAAAAAAGAGUCCCGGAAGGAACCGGCGCCACGGAAAAGCGGUGCGACGUGGUUCGGCUGGCUGAUGGGGAAAGGCAGGAACGAGGCUCACCUCCCAGACGAUAAGAACAAAUCCAUUGUUUGGGAUGAGAAGAAACAGCGAUGGGUCAACCUGGAUGAGCCAGAAGAAGAGACCAAGCCACCGCCACCGCCUCCCUCGGGCUUCCCUCAAGUUCCCCAGGCAGCACCUUCUGGUCCGGGAGGCCCCCCGAACUCUUCCGUCAACAUGUUCUCUCGGAGAGCAGCCGGAAGCAAAGCCCGAUACGUCGACAUCCUGAAUCCAAGCAGGGCCAAAUCUCCUGGGGCUGCCCCGGCGCCCUCCGAGCUCUUUGCCCCUCUGGCACCGAUGCCCAUCCCGGCGAACCUGUUUGUACCAAAUCCAGGAGAGCCGCAGCCUCUGGAGGGCAGCGUGGCGGAAGAGCAGGGGCCGCCGGGAAGCGAACCGGACCCGGACGUGGCCGCAGAACGGCCGUACUUAAAUUCCGCCGCCUUUCCGCCUGGCCCUGAGCUCCCUCCAUCCCAACCGGAGGGCUCUCGCUCUGGAGAGCUUUCGCGCUCUAGCUCAAUGAGUUCAUUAUCACGUGAAGUCAGCCAGCAUUUUAAUCAGUCACCUUCAGGAGGACCUCUGGCAGGUGUGGUCCAGUUUUAUAACCCUUCUCAGUUUACACAGCCUGCUGCAGGGUCGGGAAGCUCGAGACCCAGCAGAAUCGGACAGAGGAAAUAUCCCACCUUAAAAUAGCCUCCAGCAAACCUGUGUUCUGGGCUGUCGUACGUGGAUUUAAAAGGACUUCCUCAAGACUCUCGGCACACGAACUGGUCCACUCUCGCGCGCUAAGGAGGACAAACCGUACCUGCAGGUUUUCUGCUGAGACUCUGAGCUAUAUAAAUUACCAAAUACACCCUUUUAGGUAAAAGCCA